UGUCAGGUUCCGCCCAACGGGAUCUCUAGUGGUACACAGAACAGGAUUCCCCAGGACGCGGAGUCUAAGUCCCAGUCUGCCUUUUCACCAGAGCCCCUGAUGGUGGGGAUGGACUUGGUGCAAGACUGGAACCAGGUCACGACCCCUGGGUGCACCCAACUAUGGUAGAGGGGUCCCGCUGAGGGUAUGUGCCUGGGAUGAGCCUGCUGUAAAGGGGCUGACAGGUCCAGGUCCAAGAGGGAUGGAUGGAUGACUGCCAGGAGUGAGCGUGGUCAGACUAGCCGGGUCGGUAACAGUGGGGACAGGUGCGGUACCAAGCAGCAGACAAAGAGUAGUCAGGUCACACGCCGGGUUCAGUAACAGAGGGUCAGAUCCGUUAGGGG